CGGCGAGAAGGGAAGGGGACACGGCGCGGGCACCACGAGCCAGACGCCGGCCUGGCGCCCUCCCGGCGCCCGCUCCGCUUCCCGCACCUGCGGCAUCGAGCUCGCGAUGACCCGCCACGGCCGCGCCGCCGCUCAGCUGAGCCUGGGCUCCUAAUGGCGCUGCUGCUCGCUUCCGUCCGUCCGUCCGCUGCGGAAGCAGAGGGGUGGGCGGGGGUGUCACCAGCCGCCCCCUUUUCACGCACCGCCUGAGCCCUGCGGGCGCCCCCACCCCCGACGGCAGCUCUGCCCUGCGCGGGUCUCACCCGCGUUGUCGGGGAACGUCCCUAAACUUCCAGAAGCCGAAACAAGCGUCUGCGGUCGCUGUUUUCCUUCACUGCCGUUUCUCCGCACAAAGCUCCUCCCCGGUUGCGCCCCCCGCAGCCAGAGACGCGUGUGGUGCGGUGGCGGGGCCGCAGGCGACCGGGGUGGAGGGGUUGGUCCUGAACCGUUUGCUCCGGUAGUCGCCUCCUGCCUCCCUUCGGCUCGCCGGGCAGACCUCGCUGCCAGGGAGCAAGGGUGCCCGGCUGGCGCUCAGGCGCUUGUGCUUGUGUUUUCCUGAAGCCCCAGCACUGCAGCCCCUGGGCGGCCACCUGCGCCCUGCGGAGCUUCCCUCCCAGGGGGCGCGUGUCCUGAGGGUUGAUCCUGGCCGCCACCUGUGAGACUCCACUUACUGCAGAUGGUUUGACUUGAAACUGGAGAGCCCCGAGUGUCAGGUUUUGUGAUUAAAAGUGAAUUUAAGCUGAAGCUCAACUAGUUCUGCACCAUUUUCAGUAAAGCUUGUACGGUGCUUGGGUUUCCUGGGAACUGCUGCCUCGCUUUUAAAGUGACUGCAAGCCCUCUUGGGGUUCAAAUUGACCCAAGAGCUCUCAGAUGACGGAGGAAAGCAGGCCCUGCCAUGUUCCGCAGGCUGGGCUGGCUGCUCCUGUACAGCCUCGCUGUGCUGCUGCUCAGCUGCCUGCUCUUCCUGAAGGAGGAGGCUCAGCCCGUGGGGGGCCCCACAAUCCGCCAGCCCUUCUGGGCACCCCCGGGGCCCCAUCGCAGCCAAUGUCUGCCCAACCACACGGUAGCAAAUGCCUCCCUGUCCCUGCCGAGUCGCCACCGCCUCUUCCUGACCUAUCGCCACUGCCGCAACUUCUCCAUCUUGCUGGAGCCUUCUGCCUGCGCGGAGGACACCUUUCUGCUCCUGGCCAUCAAGUCGCAGCCUGGCCACGUGGAGCGGAGGGCGGCCAUCCGCAGCACGUGGGGGCGGGUGGGGGGCUGGGCUAGGGGCCAGCUGAAACUGGUGUUUCUGUUAGGGGUGGCAGGACCAGCACCUCCUGCCCAGCUGCUGGCUUACGAGAGUCAGGAGUUCGAUGAUAUCCUGCAGUGGGACUUUGCUGAGGACUUCUUUAACCUGACACUCAAGGAGCUGCACCUGCAGCGCUGGGUGGCCGCUGCCUGCCCCCGGGCCCACUUCAUGCUGAAGGGAGAUGAUGAUGUGUUUGUUCAUGUUCCCAAUGUGCUGGAGUUCCUGGAGGGCUGGGAUCCAGCCCAGGACCUCCUCGUGGGAGAUGUGAUCCGCCAGGCCCUGCCCAAUAGGAACACCAAGGUCAAAUACUUCAUCCCCCCCUCCAUGUACAGGGCCCGCCACUACCCCCCCUAUGCUGGCGGUGGAGGCUACGUCAUGUCCAGAGCCACUGUGCAGCGCCUCCAGACAGCUGUGGAGGAGGCCGAGCUCUUCCCCAUUGAUGAUGUCUUUGUGGGUAUGUGUCUGAGGAAGCUGGGGGUGAGCCCCACACACCACGCUGGCUUUAAGACCUUUGGAAUACGGCGGCCCAUGGACCCCCUGGAUCCCUGCCUCUACAGGGGGCUUCUGCUGGUGCACCGCCUCAGCCCCCUGGAGAUGUGGACCAUGUGGGCACUGGUGACAGAUGAGGGGCUCAAGUGCGCAGCUGCCCCCGUGGGGCCCUGAGGGGUGGGCUGAGUAAUAGUCCAAGAGUGGACUCACUGUUGGUUUCUAUUAAUGAGAAACAGAGCCUGGAAACUUGACCCUUGAUGGUCUACAGGAACUGCUGACUUUGUUUUUGUAACCCCCUCCUGACCUUGCUCGUUUUGAUUAAAAACACCGAAACCUGG